AUGGACCCAGCAGCCACACAGACGGUGCUUGUCUUCGUGUUUUGCCUCUGCGGGCUGCAGGAAGCGGCCCCCCCUCAGCUCGGACGCUGCUCUGGGGGUCUCUGUUUCUUCCAGCACAGUGUGGACUUUGGAGGCGCGCAAAGAUCCUGCGUCAACUCCUCCGGACGUCUGGUCGAGUCCGGUUCUGAGGACCAGAUGGAGUUCUCCAGUCUGCUGGCGGGGAGUAGCGGGAGGUUCUGGCUGCGCAGCGCCGAGGGGGCGAAUUGCACCGCUGCAUCGGUGAGGGGGGGGGAGGUCGUGGCAGCGGCCGUGCCGUGCCGGGACAAACUAGACGGCUUUGCGUGCCACUAUAACCCCGCUGUAAUGUGCGGAUCUCUAAGCGGGGACGCACAGUAUACCCUUAGCAUGGCCGCGCACUUCCAGCUGCUCGGCUCGGACUCAUUCCCCCCUGGAACCGUGGCCCGGGUGGGGGUCGCGCAGCACCUGGACUCCAAACACUUGUGCUACGGCGGGUGGUUCCGAGCGCCCUGGUCCUGUGAGGUGUUCAGGGGCGGCUGCGAGCACGACUGCGACUCAAACACACACACCUGUACCUGCCCCACCACACACGCGCUCCAUCAGGACGGGUUCUCCUGCGUCCCGAAAUCCCAGCUGGAUGGGUGCGAGGACGGGUUCGAGCAUGCAGAGGACGGCUGGAGCUGCGAGGACGUGGAUGAGUGCGAGGAGGACACGUGCACGGCUGAGGGAGAAGAGUGCGUGAACUUGCCGGGAGGAUACCAGUGCACCUGCGCGCACGGCUUUGCGGAGGAUGACGGGACAUGCGUGAACACCUCCAUCUGCAAGACGUGCGAACAGAGGUGUUCAAAGGUGGGCGGGGCCUACAGGUGCGAGUGUGUGGAGGGCUUCACCGUGGCCCCCGAGGACCCCACCAAGUGCAGGCAGCAGUGCCCUGGGAGGGUGUGCCCGGCCCGCUGCAUCCACGACCCUGAGCUGGAGGAGAAGAACAUGCAGCAGUGCACGUGCCCCGAGGGGUACAUCGUGGACAUCAGCAACAGGACGGCCAGCUGCGUGGACAUCGAUGAGUGCGAGUCCCAAGACAUGUGCGACCACAUGUGUGAGAACACGUUUGGCAACUACAGGUGUGCGUGUGAGGAUGGCUUCCAGCUGGUGAGGGGGGACAGAUGUGUGCCUCUGGUGGCACAGGAUGAAGACUCCUCAGGAUCUCCUCCCCCUCCUGGUCAUCCUCCUCACGCCCCAGGCAGCCUCCAGCCAGCUGUCCUCCCUGCCUACAUCAGAACGGGCAGCAUCCUGGGGAUCACCGUGUUCCUGGUUCUGUGUGUGGUGCUGCUGGUCUGCCUGGUCCAGAGCCUGACGAGACGCUGCGGCAGCUUGGACCUGACCUCCAUCAAACACCCGGACAUGGACAUCUUCUACCUGCAGCAGGUGAGCACAGAGACCUACAAGAGGCUGUCCUUUGACCGACAGUCCAGGACCGACUCACUGAGACUCUGAGACUCUGUAUGAAGACAGACUGAAUGUGAGCCAUGAGAACUGAGGGCGCUGCAUCUCCACCGAUGGAUAACAUGCAUGUUCAAAUACAUGCAAGGACUGAUGAACAAACAAUUCUACAU